AUGGACAAGUACAAGGUUGGAUUUGCCACCACCUAUCUUGAAGACAAGUAUCCCUUGUGGCCAGUGUUCAAACAGAUAGUGAUCAACAAGUUCACCAAUCCCAUGGUUCAGAAAGUUCAUAAGCAGAAGAUGAAGGAGUACAAGAUGGGCAACAAACUGGCCACUAAAUCAUCUCAGAUAUUGGCCAUGACAUCCCAAAGAGAACAGAAACAACAGGAGCAAGGAGUGAAGAAUACCUUCUCCAGUUCAAACACAUCCACCAAGCCUGAUGGCUCAACUCCAACUUCCUCCUAUAGCAAGAAGAAAACCAGUAUGAGCACAACAUUUACUGGAAUGGGUAAGCCUAUAGAUGUGGAUCAGCUCAAGAAGGAGGGUAAGUGCUUCAACUGUGGCCAGAAAGACCACAUGGUGCAGGACUGCCUGCAGAAGAAGAAUAAGCACAUCCAAGAAGAUCUCAGGGCACUGAUUGCUGAACUACAGAAGGAAGAAGAGGACCUCAGUCUAGAGACAAAGGUUGAGGAGGUAAAAGAUGGGGCUGAGCAGUGA